AUGGAAGCUGGCGUUCGAUUGAUGAAUGAAACAAGAAUGGACUCACCGUUUGGAAUGAUGGAUGGAGAAGAGAACGGAACACAAGAACCCCUGCCACCUGGAUGGAUUGAGCACAAAUUACAAGUGGAUCGGAAGAGAUUGGAGGCGAUGAUCACUGGCUCUUCCCUUCAAGGUUCAUCAAUUUACCUCCCGAAUGCUGAGGAUUUUUUCAAGAAAGUCGAGAAGAUCUCGGCGGCCACUGUUUGUUGGCCGUCAAAGUUGAAGAUUGGCGCGAAAACGAAGAAAGAUCCGUAUGUGAAAAUCCUCGGUUUACCCGAUCAAGUCGACUGUGCACGACAGCUUAUUGCGGCCACGUUGCAAGUCAAAAGAGACCGAGUGACGCUAAAGAUGGAAAUCGAGCACUCGGCUCACUCACACAUCAUUGGAAGAGGUGGAAGGGGAAGUCAAGCGGUAAUGAAACACACAGGAUGUCAUGUACAUUUUCCCGAUGGUAACAAGUACAGUGAAGAUCUUUCAAAAAGUGAUCAAGUCUCGAUAGCCGGCUCGGCUUCACAAGUGGAAAUGGCAAGGCGAUUGUUGAGGGAACUGUGUCCAAUCGUGAUUACCUUCGAUGUCCCAUGGCUUUUACCGACUCCUCCGAACCUUCCACCAACAAAUCAACAAGUGAACAUUGUGCUGAAAAAGACGAGCGAUUGUGUUUUAAGUUGUGCUUUACGGGGAUGUGCUGGACAAGAGAGUGCUUUUCUUGAAGCGAUCGAUCUCUUGUCAAGACUUCUUCAUAUGCAUUCAGAGAUGCCGAUCCUCUGCCGAGUUGGCAUCGAAUUGAGGCCAUCCGUGACGAGCGCCCUCCACAAACCAUCCACCAUACAAAAGUUGGAAUCUCUUUGCACUCAAUGGUGUGUUCAUAUCGAAUGGCCCCACUCUCAACAAGGCCCAUUCCAACCGCUCAACUCGAUCAAUCUCUCAUUUAAAGGACCCCUCAAAGGAUGCCUCAAAGCGAGAAAAUUUAUGAUGGGAAUGCUUUCCGUUUCUCUUCAAUUCGACCAAUCUCCAUCGAUUUCUCAAGUCGAUUUCACGGCGAUUGAGAACGAUUUCGGGAUCACCGUGCAAACAAAAGCCAAAACGGUGCAAGGAGGGGAACAAGUUUCUUUUGUCUUGCGUGGAAGUGAGGAGAAAAUCGUCGACUUGCUGCGCGCUCGACAGAGAAUUUUGGGACAAGAACAGAGUGAAGCGAUCGAUGAUGAUUACGCGUUCAUGAAGAAUCAGAUAAAUGAUUCAAGCACCCCAUUCUCGAGAUCGCUUGUUGGCAGAGGCUCCACACUGGAAGACAUCGUUCAGGACAUCCCCCUCUCUCCAGAUCCAGACGACUCCCCGAUCGCUCACUCGCUUCUCACCAGUGCCAAGAAUAUCAAUGGAAAUGCAGAACUUUGGACGGGUCAACCCGCCUCAAGGAGAGCCUCUCGUGAACAGAUGCUAAGAAAAGCUCAUCAGGCUAUUUACGAAUCAAUCGACGCCUCAGUGCGUUAUCCGACUGAUUUUUGGUCCGGUUAUGGAUUCAGCAGCUCUCUACCAGCUGAUCUUCUCAAAGGAAUGCUCGAUUUGAAUGCGAAAGAACAAGCUGAGAAAACGAAAGGACAAACGUCUGGAGCACCCGGCUCUGGUUCAGCAAAAGGAUUGCCUUCGGUGAGAGAAGAGGAAGAAGAUCAAUCCUCUCUAUCCGCUUCAUCUUCAUCUCUUUCAAACACUUUAACCACAAGAGUCUUCCAUAAAAAGACAAAAACUCCAGCUUUUUCCGCGUCUACUUCAAUUUUCGAAUCCCCAUUGGGCACCUCAGAAAGUGCUUGGGAUAUCGCCUCUUUCAUCGAACCGUCAAUGGUUCUCGCGCAACUUGGCCUCAGUGAAUACACAGCUAACCUAAGAGAUCAAGAAAUUGACAUGGAUGCGUUUUUAUUAUUGGAUGAGGCUGCAUUGAGGGAUAUUGGAGUGGCGACAGUCGGGGCAAGGAAGAAAAUACAUCACGCUAUCUUGAAGCUUCGAGAGUCGGCAAAAUCACAAGGCUAUUCACUA